AUGGAUUGCACUCUUGUGAAAAAGAUCCGUUAUGGAACUCAUAAGCUGUCAGGUGAAGCCGAUGAUUGGUUGGUGGACACUCGUCUAAGGUUGGAAACUGCGGGCGAGGAGAUUACUUGGGAAGGGUUUCGUAGAGAAUUUCUGAGGAAGUAUUAUCUAGAAGAUGUGCGAGGAAAGAAAGAGAUUGAAUUCCUCGAGUUGAAGCAAGGGAACUUGUCAGUCACGGAGUAUGCUGCUAAGUUCACUGAAUUGGCUAAGUUCUAUCCUCACUAUGAUGGAGCCAAUGCCAAAUUCUCUAAGUGCAUCAAGUUUGAAAAUGGAUUGUGUCCGGAAAUUAAGAAAGUUGUGGGAUAUCAAAAGAUUCGCGUCUUUGCGGAUCUGAUUGAUAGUUGUAGAAUCUUUGAAGAGGACAACAAUGCACACUAUAAGAUCUUGUCUGAGAAGAGAGGAAGGGGUCAACACAGCCGUGGUAAGCCAUAUGAAACUCCGGUUGGUAAAGGGAAACAGAAAGUGAUUCCGGGUCGAAGAACAAGUGGGGGAGAUGCUCCUGCUAAUGUUAUCUGUUUCAAGUGUGGAAAGCCGGGUCACAAGAGUAAUGUGUGUAGGCUUGGUGAAACGAGAUGUUUCCGUUGUGGUAUGCCGGGACAUGCGGCUCGUGAUUGUAAGAAGAAGGAUGUUACUACAAAUGAAGAUGGACUUAUUCAAGGUACUUGUUUCAUUAAUAGCAUUCCUUUAAUUACUAUUAUUGAUACCGGUGCCACACACUGUUUUGUUGCUGCGGAUUGUGUUGAAAGAUUGGGUCUUUCUUUGUCUUCCUUGGGUAGAGAUAUGAUUGUUGAGGUUCCCGCUAAGGGAACAGUAUCUACGUCUCUUGCGUGUAAGAGUUGCCCCUUGUCAAUAUUUGGUAAAGAUUUUGUAGUUGAUCUUGUUUGUUUGCCGCUUGUCGGGUUGGAUGUAGUAUUGGGUAUGGACUGGUUGAAAUCCAACUAUGUCCAUAUUAAUUGCUACAACAACACUGUGAGGUUUUCUUCUGCCGAAGAAGAGGGAAGAACAUAA